AAAUCUUUGAGGCAAAAUAUAUACUUUUUUUGUUGGAUAAUUUAUAGUCUGAGGUGGCAAAAAUGGCCCCAGAUUUCUAAAUACGCCGUGUCAAACCACCAUCACCACCGCCCCUGGUUUUUCGAAAUCAUCUGAAGAUUCUGAAGAUAUGGUAACUGUAAAUAUGGGCACCUUUUACUAUGUGCUGGAUCACAUCUAUGGUGCAUUAUUGCACAGGACAAAGAUAAGCCCUCCAUUCUUUUCCAGAGGAUGGGGUGGGACAAAGCUCGAGCUUUUGGAGAAGAUGAUCAAUCAACUGUUUCCCGAGGUUGAAGGACAAAAUUGGCCUCCAACUUUGGUCAAGCCCGUUUGGAAAACAGUUUGGGAGUCAAAAACCGCUUGUCUGAGAGAAGGUGUUUUCAGAACACCUUGUGAGGAGCAGCUUCUCAAUGCAUUGCCUCCCGAGAGCCAAAUGGCGAGGGUAGCUUUUCUGGCCCCGAGAUUCGUGCCACCACAAAAGAUGGCUUGUGUUGUGCAUCUUGCAGGCACAGGAGACCAUGCAUUCGAGCGAAGGUUGCGUCUCGGGGGACCUCUUCUGAAAGAAAACAUAGCAACCAUGGUGCUAGAGAGCCCUUUCUAUGGAAGAAGACGUCCAAACCUGCAAAGAGGGGCAAAACUGUUAUGUGUUAGUGACUUGCUCUUAUUAGGACGAGCUACGAUUGAAGAGGCGCGUAGUCUAUUGUAUUGGCUGGACACUGAGGCAGGCUAUGGAAAAAUGGGUGUAUGUGGGCUAAGCAUGGGCGGAGUACAUGCGGCUAUGGUGGGGUCCCUACACCCCACGCCUAUUGCCACUCUCCCUUUUCUAUCUCCACACUCGGCUGUGGUGGCUUUCUGUGAGGGGAUUCUAAAGCAUGCCACCGCAUGGGAAGCUCUCAAAGAGGAUCUUGCCGUACAGAAAGCAGCUGCCAUGACACUCGAGGAAGUUAGAGAACGAAUGCGAAACGUGUUGUCACUAACCGAUGUCACACGUUUUCCCAUACCCAAGAACCCGAAUGCUGUUAUAUUCGUUGCUGCCACUGAUGACGGCUACAUCCCCAAACACUCGGUUUUGGAGCUUCAAAAAGCCUGGCCUGGUUCAGAAGUAAGGUGGGUUUCAGGUGGCCAUGUUUCGUCAUUCCUUCUUCACAAUGGGGCCUUCAGAAAAGCCAUUGUUGAUGGACUCGAUCGCUUACCGUGGAAAGAACCUCCACUGUGAUUGAUUCUCUAUCAUAAUAAAAAGAUUGACAACUGCAAUAUAUAUGUACGGUAACUUCACAUUUGUAUGCUUAACAGUUAGUUUAAUCGUGACAACACCCAGCAGAUUGAAUGUGCAAGAAAACGGGUGUGUUUUGUAGCUCUCGACAUCUAAUUUGUUGGUCAAAUGAGAAUAACCGUAUUCUGAAACACGGAAAAAAGCAAUUGGCUUAUCAAAUUCUUUGGUGAAAAAAAUAGUUCAGUUAUGAAAAUUGUUCAUGUUGAUACCAGUCCUUGAUGGCGUUUGAUUGAGAAGAACAUGAGUCGAAAUCGUACUUGAACUCGAUAUUAUAUGUUGUUAUACACAUUUUAUCAUCUUAUGUGAAUCAAAUUGGUCUCGAUAAAUCAAUUCGAUUAUCG